UUGUGGCCUGUUAACUGGCUGGUGGUCCUAUUUUUAGUCUGUCAUGCUUUUGUAACAGGCCUCGUCAUUUUGUGUCUGUGAUUCAAAUCACCGUAUUCAUGUUCAGUGGUUCGAGUCAGCCCUCAAAAUCUCAUCCUAAGAUUGGAUCUCAGUCAGGCGCUGGAAGGGGCUGGAACUCGUCUGGCGCUCUCACCACCACAACUACACUACUGCCACCACUACUACCACUCCUACCACCACUACUACUACUACUACUACUACUACUACUACUACUACUACUAUUGCUACUAAUACUAAUACUACUGCUUUUGAUGCUGCCAUACUGUUAUACUGAAGUAUAUUCUCUCUUUCUAUUCAGUGACAGAAUAUCUUAUGUACAGAGCUGUACCUAUAGCGGAUCAACAUGGCUAGCAAAGGAAUCAGCCUAAUUCUUAUAUAUCCACUAUGUAUCUUCUUCAUGAUCAUCGGCUCUUCAAAGUCCAUACCGAUCUCAUCAAUGAAAUACGAGGAUCAGCUCGGGAAGGAGGCUAGUACUUACUUCGCUCACAGGAUUGCCCCUCUUCUUGUCGAAUUCAGUAAUGCAUCUCUUGCCCAAAGUACUAUAAAGCUUCAAGAUUCUAAUGCGUACAUGAAUAACAUCAUACGAGAGUCAGCAUCUAUCUACCAUCUCGACAUCGGCUGUGAUCUCUGCAAGGAAAUCGUGGCCGUCAUCGAUGUCCUUAUCCAGUCUGAUGUAUCACGUGACCUCAUUGUUGAAAUCUCAGGCGAGGUUUGUAAGAUCCUGAAGAUCGAGGAUGACCGUGUGUGUGAUCUAGUCGUCAGAGAAUUUCAGGAAGAGGUAAUCGAUGUGGCGACCUUACAUUACUUGAGCCCAGAUCAAGUUUGUGGCACUCUGCUUGGAGAGUCAUGCGCAGUGACCUAUGACCCAAACGCUGAUUGGAAUGUGACGUUUCCAAGUAUCCCCAAACCACCAGUCACUCCUGUAAAUCCACCAAAGCAAGGUUCACCAACUCUGCGUAUUCUUCACAUCAGUGAUCUUCACAUAGAUCGGAUGUAUGAGGUGGGGUCAAACACAGAUUGUGGGGAACCGAUAUGCUGCAGGUCCAACGAUGGUCCCCCAGCCCCCGGCGUUCCUGGAGCUGGUAAAUGGGGAGACUUAAGAGGUUGUGAUGCUUCUCUGAAACUCAUGAUUAAUACUCUCGAAGAAAUAUCAAAGACACAAAAGCUCGAUAUGAUUUACAUGACAGGUGAUCUUCCUGCCCAUGAUGUUUGGAAUCAGACUCGAUCCGACAACAUUGGUGUUUUUAACCUCGUCACCGAUCUUUUCCUGAAAUAUUUCCCAGGGGUCAAAGUUUAUGGUGCUCUUGGCAAUCAUGAAAGUGCCCCCGUAAACAGCUUUCCACCUACUGACGUCAUAAAAGGUGACCAAUCAGAGACUUGGUUAUAUAACACUAUGGCCCAUAAUUGGAUAGACAAAGCUGGUUGGCUGCCUAAUGCAACACGUGCAAAUAUUCAACGUGGUGGUUAUUACGAUGUUCUUGUGUAUCCGGGUCUUCGUGUUGUGUCACUUAACUCGAAUGCUGGAAACCCAAUGAAUUGGUGGUUACAGAUCAAUGGUACUGAUCCCGAUAGUCAAUUACAGUGGUUGAUUGGUGUCCUUCAAGCAGCUGAGACAGCAGGGGAGAAGGUACACAUUUUAGGUCACAUUCCACCAAGUGGUACAUUACCGGUAUGGAGCAAGAACUACGAGCUUAUUGUCAAGAGAUACGAGAGUACUAUUCGAGGACAAUUCUUUGGCCACACCCAUCACGACCAGUUUCACCUGUUUUAUGAAAACGUCAAAACUCGCCGACCAAUCAACGUGGUGUAUGUGGGAGGAGCUAUUACCCCUGAUACGCAAUACCCGGGUUAUCGUGUUUAUACCAUCGAUGGCAGCUAUGCUAAUUCAACUUUGGCUGUAUUGGAUCAUGAUAACUAUUAUCUCAACCUCACGGAAGCCAAUCUUACUAACAAACCAGUAUGGCGUAUGGAGUACCAGGCAAAGAAUGCCUAUAACAUGACAUCAUUGCAACCCAGUGAAUGGAACAGAGUUGUCGAUGAAAUGAAGUCAAAUACUACGAUUUUCAAUCAAUAUUACAGGUUUUUUCAUCGCCAGUACGACGCAGGUCCGUGUGAUGCAUCAUGUCAGGCAAGAAUGAUAUGUGAUAUCCAAACAUCCAGAUCCGGGGAUUCAAGCUACUGCUAAAGAUGUUCUCCUGGAUUGUUCUGUUGCAAUAAAAUUUUUAAAAAUAUAGUAUUUUAAAAACUCAGUUUUAUGAAAACGUUGAUGAAAUAUGCAAUAUUAAGAGACAUUUUAUAAUAUUUUAUCUUGUAUAUUUGAUGAACAUAAUUAACACUUUCGGUAGCCAAUUUCAAAAUUGUGGAAUAAAAGGGAUUUGAAGGAAGCAAAAUU